AUGAAUCAGAUACUGGAAGAUAUGCUCAGAGUAUGUGUUAUUGAGUGGACUGGUAGCUGGGAUAAACACCUACUAUUAGCGGAAUUCACAUAUAACAAUAGUUUUCACUUGAGAAUUCAGAUGGCUCUUUAUGAAGCUUUAUAUAGGAAGAAGUGUCGAUCACCACUUUGUUGGACCGAGUUGAGUGAGAGAAGUAUUUUGGGUCCCGAUUUGGUGGAUCAAACUACUCAGAAGAUAGAAGUGAUUCGUCAGAAGCUUUUGACUGCUCAGAGUCGACAGAAAAGCUAUGUUGACAAAAGGAGGAAAUUGUUAGAAUUUGAGGGAAGCGAUCAUAUUUUCUUGAAAGUCACGCCAAUAACAAGCAUUGGGAGAUCAAUUCGAGCUAAGAAGUUGACUCCAUGUUUUAUUGGUCCCCUUAAAAUCUUAGAACGGAUUGGGAUACUUGCUUACCGAAUUGUGUUGCCACCUUAUAUAGCGGGUGUGCCUGAUGUGUUUCACGUCUCUCAAUUGAAGAAGUAUCAGCCUGACUCGUCUCACGUUAUUGAACCUGAAGAUGUUGAGUUACAGGAGAAUUUGACAUAUUAA